CCUCACUCACUCAUUGAUUGCCACAAGUCUGUCUUCUAGUGCACUCAUCAACUCAAAUAAGCAUUAUAUAUCCUCCUGUCAUUGUCAUACCGCAUCAGCUCUCCGGCACUCAUGGUCGAGUGCGGCGCGUACAGAUCAGUCGCCACCCUGUCCAGGCGAACACGGCUCGACACAUCCACCGCAUCAACCCACGACCUGCAUGCCACAACACACGUGCAUCCACACAAGUGCAGGGAGUGCCACAACCUUGUUAGUCAUGUGUUCGGUCGGUCGGAUGCAAUCAUUGCGGACUCUGGUAUGUUUGAGAGCCCUCUGUAUGCGCCGUACAUGGCCCCAGCCAGCCCCGCCACCGCAUACGGCGACCCGCCGAUAGCUACGGCAGAAAGCAACGUCUCACGAAACGACUGGUCCCGACGCAUACCCUACCGAAACACCACACACGAUGCAGUCACUUCGUCUGGUUGGCCACUUGUGCUGCUCUGUGCUGUGCUGCAUCGCAUACCCACUCACCCGCUGGACAGCCCAGACAGCGGCAACGACCUCAUUGAUGACGCCCCUCCUCUUGAGCGGCAUGCCCCAGUGAUCCUCACCUACAUCACCCUGUGUGUCAUCAAGGACGCCCCUCACACGCCCGGCCGCCCUCUGCCAAGGCCACCGGGCGUCCAUGACGUCCCGCAGAGCGGCGAUCUUCCUGUCCGUCGUGUCGCCCGUUUCGUAGCCGCCCGGCAUCUUGUGGAUGUCCACCAGGGCGGUGCUGAGGGCUGACCACAGCCGCGAUGAGGGACUCUCCGUCUUGGAUGGGACGUAGGACAGACAGGCCGAUAUGCUGUGAGCCUGCACAGAGAGAGAAGUUUGUGUGGAGGCACAGAGUCUGUGCCCUCCCUCCCUCCACAGACCUGCAGAAUUGCGGCAGCGAUGGCAUCGGGAGACUUGUGUGUCAGCUGGGCUGUGUCGAGGGCCAGCCUCGACAAGAGAGGGGAUGACGGGGGGGACUCAGAUGAAGAGUUGUAGAGCAGCAGCGCUGUCGGGGCAAUCCUCAAGGCAGCUGAGAGGGGGAUGGAUGGACAACGGCAACACAACACCGGGAGGGACAUCAGCUUAACUAACUAAUCGUUCGUCGGAUCACUCCUUCACUCACUCACCUGCAAUGUCAGACAGCCCUGCAAACAGACACGACACGACAACCGCCACACAACAUGAAUAACAGGCAUCCCAUCUUGGCCAUUCCCUCCCCCUCCCCCCUCUCCCUCCCUUCAUUGAAUUGACCGACCAGUGUCCUGUGCGGCCAUGGCGGGCAUCUCCCACCCUCUGGGCGGCUCCCUGUCCACCGGCGGUGGCCGGUCGUCCCAAUAGGCGCUGUGAUACUGACCG